UCAAAACAAUCCAGUCCAUCAUAUCAAUUUCGUCGGGAACUCGCUGCUCCAGAAUGGGUCUGCUUGAGAGGUGCCAGGAGCUCUUUAAGACCUCGAGCCUGUACGAGGUUUUGAACAUCAGCAAAGAGGCAGCCGAGGCUGAAAUCCGGAGAAGCUACUACAAAGUGUCGCUGAAGGUGCAUCCGGACCGAGCUCCAGACGACCCGCUUGCUACGGAGAAGUUCCAGGUUUUGGGUAAAGUCUAUGCAGUGCUGAGUGACAAGGAGCAGAAGGCAAUCUAUGAUGAACAAGGAGUGGUAGAUGAAGAGUCUGACGGCCUCAGCCAGGACCGCAACUGGACAGAGUACUGGAGGCUGCUCUUUCCUAAAAUUACUGUUCAGGACAUUAUUGACUUUGAGGAGAAAUAUAAGGGCUCCGAGGAGGAGCAGCAAGAUGUCCUAAACAUCUACACUCAGCACGAGGGUGACAUGGAUGCCAUUGCAGAAUCAGUAAUGUGCUACACCCAAGAGGAUGAACCCAGGAUCCGCAGCAUCAUCCAGGCAGCCAUUGACAGCGGAGAAGUUGAAGCGUUCCCAGCGUUCACGCAGGAGGCUGACAAGAAGAAGAGGACUAGGAGAAAACGGGCUGACCGAGAGCGAAAGGAAGCUGAGCAAAUGCAGAAAGAGUUGGGCCUCGGCGAUAAGGAAGACAGUCUCAUGAUGAUGAUCCAGCAAAAACAGUCGUCCAGAGAGCAGAACUUCAACAGUUUCUUAUCUGACUUGGAAGCCAAAUACUCCAAAAAGAGUGCACCAUCCAAAAAAACAAAAAAAGGCAAGAAGUGAAAUCAAGGUUGUAACCCAUGUUUUAAUAGCAAAGUGUUUCCGUUUUUUUAAUGCCUUCAUGUGAGGUUAAUAUUUUAGUUGAUCAGUACAAAUAAAUGUGUGUGUAUAUAUAUACAUAAUUG